AUGAGUAUAGAAAUAUCUGUUGAAGAAAUUAACAUAGAUUUGUCAAAUUUCGAUAAUGAGGUCAAAAGUUUCUACUUUAAGCAACGAAAUUAAGAAACAAUUAGCUGGCUUAGAAAAUACGCAGAUAUAUAUAUAUAUAUAUAUUUAUUUAAAAAUUGUCGCGAUAAAGAUUCGAGAAAUCAAAGUUCUCCAAUAUGGCGACCAAGUGGUAGCCUUUGUGCAACCACAGCUUUAUUAUGUCAGUGCUCGCCAACAGAUGGCACAACAUUAUCAACAUGAUGAUCGUAGUACAAUAAAUACACAAUUUACGUUUUUAGUAUCUACUGCUCUCUUUUAUUUAUUUCAUUGACUAACUAGGAGAGAACGUACGACCAAUGCUUUUUUUAGGUUUCACAUAUUUUGGGAUUCACCUGACUCGUGUACCAUUUUCGUGUGGCAUUCUACCAUAUCGAUUGCACCGCAGCGCUGCUAAAUUUUGACUAAUAACUUAUAACAAUCGACUCGUAAUUAAAUAUAAAUUUAAGACAAAUGACGUGAAUUAUUGAAUGAAACAUUUAAUUUAAUUUUAAAGUUUAAUCGUAAUAGAAAGGUUGUGAAAAUUAUAUUAAAUAAUGUUUAGAAAUGUUAUAGAAAUAA